AUGCAGUUCAUCAAGCUCUCCCUCGCGGCUGCCGCCGUCUCCGGUGCCCUCGCCCAGCCCCAACCCACUGCCGCCCUCGCCGCGCGUCAGGAUGGGGCGAAAUGUUCCAGCGCCUUCGUUACCAAGGGAACAUUCUUCUCCGAGAUGCCUGUUCCCACUGGGGAUGCCGCGAGUGUCGUCGCCAUGGUCACCGCGACUGACGAGUGCGAAAUCCCUGCCGUGACCGGCGACAGGGCCAGCGCUUACAGCUCCUACAUGUCCCAGGCGUCCAGCUGGUAUCAGAAGCAUCAGUCCGAGUACUCCGAAAUCGUCACUGAGUGCGGCAAAGACUUCAGUGCCGCCCUAACCAGUGCCGGUUACUCCAACGUUUUGGCCGCCACGGCCUGCACCAGCAUGAAAUGGGGAGCCAGCGAGACUGCGGUCUCCACCAACGGCGCCAUCUCUCGCCAGGCGGGCUCUACGCUUGUUGUUGUUGGCCUCGCUGCUCUUACUGCCGUCGGGCUCCUCUAG